AUGGGCAGUGCUUCAUCGAUGUUGACUCAGUAUGACAUUGAAGAAGUUCAAGAACACUGUAAUUAUCUGUUUACUCAGCAAGAAAUAGUGUCUCUGUAUAAGAGAUUUUGCCAACUAGAUAGGAAUGCAAAGGGGUUCAUAUCAGCAGAUGAGUUUUUAUCAGUACCUGAGUUUGCAAUGAAUCCACUUUCUCAGAGGCUUCUGAAGAUGGUGGAUGGAUUGAAUUUCAAGGACUUCGUUGCAUUCUUGUCAGCUUUCAGUGCUAAAGCAACAGUGCCUCAGAAAAUUGAGAUUAUCUUCAAAAUAUACGACUCCGAUUGCAAUGGAAAGGUAACUUUUAAUGACAUAAUACAAGUGCUCCAUGAUUUGACUGGCUCGUUCAUGUCAGAUAAGCAAAGAGAGGAAGUAUUAAAUCAACUUUUGCACGAAGCUGGUUACACAAGGGAAUCUUAUCUUCUGUUAGAUGACUUUGUUAAGAUAUUAGACAACCAGGGUCUGAAAAUGGAGGUGGAUGUCCCGGAUGACUAG